AUGUUGCAUUUAAAAAUUUAUCACCAUCUGGGAGCUCAAUCUAUAUAUAAGUGUAAACAGCAAGACUGUAUUAGGGACUUCCAAGGUUCAGAACAUUUUAGGCAGCAUUUGAAUAGAGUCCAUUCUAAUAUAACACCUGAAUUUACAAUUAAUGAAUUGGUAAUUGUCCCACCUAUACAUGAUUCUGAUGAAGUUGUCUCUAUAUCAGAAGAAAUUGUAAAUUCAAAUGAAAUUGAUAUUUAUAAAAAUUUUGAUAAUGCUGGAAUAGGUGAUAGUAGUAGACCUUUUGAAGAAGUUGUAAGAGAUUGUGCAUUACAAUUUAUAACAAAUUUGCUUACUAAACCUAAUGUGACUGAAUCAUUAAUGCAAGAAAUAGUUGUUGGUGCCACCAAAUUGUUUUCAUCUGGUAUUUUAUCUAUUUUAAAAGACGAAGUAAUGCCAAAUUUAGACAAAUGUGAUACUAAUCAGUUAGAUAAAAUUCAAAAAAUGUUUAAUGUAUUAGAAAAUCCGUUUUCCAAAUUAAAUACUGAGUAUCAUCGUUUACAAUUUUUAGAAACAAAUAAUUUAUUUUUUAAGCCAAAAAAAGUUGUUGUAGGUUUUGUUGGUGAAAAAAAUACAUGGAAAAAUAUAAAGAACAAUUUCCAAGAUAAGAUUGUUUUUCCUAUUUUUAUCUACUAUGAUGAUGCUGAAAUGGGUAAUCCUUUAGGGUCCCAUUCCGGUGUUCAUAAAAUGGGAUGUAUUUAUUAUAUUGUGCCUGCACUUCCACCCGAAUACUUAUCAUCUUUAGAAAAUAUUUUUCCAGCAUUUAUCUUUCAUUCUUCCGAUAGAGGAAAGAACAAAUUUGAUAAUAAGAAAAUGUUUUCUUCUCUUAUAAGAGAUCUUAUUGACUUACAAGAAAAUGGUAUUUCAAUAGUUGUUAAUUCUAUGAAUAUAACAAUUUAUUUUGCUCUUGGUUUAAUUUCGGGGGAUAACUUGGGUCUUAAUUCAAUGUUAGGAUUUGUAGAAAGUUUUUCUGCUAACCAUUAUUGCCGUAUAUGCCGGUUACAUAAAAACAAACUUCAACAUAUGCUUACAGAGUCAAAAGAAUCAAUUAGAGAUAAAGAUAAUUAUAAGUUGGAUAUUCUUAAAGCCAAUGUUUCAGAAACUGGUAUAGUUGAGGACUCUGUAUUUAAUUCUAUUUCAAACUACCAUGUAACAGUCAAUAGUGUAUGUGACUUUAUGCAUGAUGUUUCAGAAGGUGUAGCAAGAUAUGAUAUGGCCACUAUUAUUAGUUAUUUAAUAAGCAAUAAAUAUUUUUCACUUGAAGAUCUAAACCAUCGGGUAAUAUUGUUUGAGUAUGGUUUAAUUGACAAAAAAAAUUCUCCACCUCCUAUUAGUCUCAAUCAUUUGAAAAAUGGUUCUAUUAUUAUGUCGGCAUCUGAAAUGUUGUGUUUUGUUAGGUAUUUUGGUCUCAUUGUAGGAGAACUAGUUCCAUUAAAAACUGAAAUUUGGAAGUUAUAUAUACACCUUCGAAAAAUUAUUGAUCUGUGUUGUGCUAGAGUACUUCAGCCAGAAUGUGCACAUCUACUAGAUGCUUUAGUUUCAGAACAUAACAGAUUAUAUUUACAUUUUUCUAAUAGUACAUUAAAACCCAAAUUUCAUACCCUCACUCAUUAUGGUCGUCUCCUUCUUAAAAAUGGCCCAAUAUCUUUGACAUCUUCUUUAAGAUUUGAAUCAAAACACAAGGUUUUAAAAGCAUAUGCAAAUGCCAUACCAAAUCGUAUAAAUUUUAGCCAUACUUUAUCACAUAAACUUCAGUUGCAAAUGGUUCAUCGAUUUUUAACUAAAAAAGGAUUAGAACCAGACUUAAAAGUUGGGUCAUAUUUAAAAAUUAGUAGUAUAGUAGAGUUAAAAUUUAUAUUACCUUCAGAUAUAAGUCCAAAGGCUUUUUCAGCAUCUUGGAUAAAAUUUAAAGGUAUUACUUAUAAACCGGGUAUGCUGGUGAUAGUAGAAAUCAAUUUAAAUGGAUGUGUAUUUGGUCAAAUAUUUAAUAUUUUUAUUAAUGGUUCUACUGUUCCAUAUUUAGUGUGUGAACUUUUUUUUACUAUUGGAUUUGAUGAUCAUUUUCAUGCUUAUGAACUAAAAAAAUAUGAUGAAACUGAAACAAAUCUUAUUGGGUAUUAUAUAAAAUAUUUGCCUGAAUCGUCACCUACUGUUAUUAGAGUUCUUGGAGAUGGUAAAUUAAUUAUGUGGACUAUUGUCUGUUUUGCUGUGGACAAUAGUGUUGAUGUUGUACCUGAUACAUGGUAUCACAAAGGUGCAUGUGCAUGGCCCAAAAAAAAAUCCAAUCUAAAAAAAUUUUUAGAAGGACGUUUUCAACCAAACAGAGAAGAUUUUGACUAUUAUGACGCCCGUCCUCUACAACAAAAUAUACAGAGUUUCCAUCAAGCUCGUUUAAAAUCUUUAAAAGCGCAAGAUACGUCUGAGCUUUCCUCCAAUGAAGACGACAAGGAAACUAGGAAAAAAAGGAAAAAAGUAUAUUAUUCAUCUCAAGAAUUCAGCAGCGAUCGAGGCAUCGAUUAUACAUCUGAUGUUUUAUAUCCUCCAAUAUUAGAAGAAAUUGAAGGAACAACAGUAGAUAAUUUGAUAUCCGAUUAUAAUUCUUUUGAAGGGCACAAAGAUAUAAUUUUUGGUUCAAAUUUAUCACAAGUGCAAAGCACAUCAAAUUCACAAGAUAUACAAACAAUUACAGAGAGUAAAUCUAUUUGA